GAUGGAUGGAUGGAUGGCAAUGUGGUUGGGUAAAUGGAUGGACGCAUGGGUGGAUGGCUGGGCAACUGGAUGGACAUAAGAUUGAAUGGACAGAGGGAUGAAUGGGUGCAUAGUUGGUUAGUUGACUGGAUGGACAGAUGAACAAGGACAACUAGGCAAAGAAGCACAUAAUCAUGUGCUCCUGAGCCCCUUGUCCUCACGUGCUUCUCAACUCCCUGAUGUAAAAAACGAGCACAAAAUGAAAUAACUUGACACGGUGAUUAACCUCCCCUCAGGAUUAACCCCUGACUAACCAGGGCAUGAGCUUCAUGACAAAACUCACCUGAUUUAUGGCUGUGUCAGCUCCCUGGGGCCAUGCGGCCGUGCUCGGGGAGCCCAGACAUGGUGUCAUGGCUGACUCAGGUUCCCAUCAGCGAGCAGCACAAGCAGUACAUCACAGCUGGGUUCUGCCUGGACCUGCAAGAGCAAGGAGCAGGAAAACUCCUGCAUGCCUCAGCUCCUCCUCCUCCUCCGGGAAAGGGAGGACAGAAGGGAGGAGGCCCCAAGAGAAGGAGGGGGCUCGAGGAGUGGGAGAACAGGAAGGAGGAGGCCCCAUCCACACCUCCCCGCCAGCGCUGCGUGCUGGGGCAAAGCCGCGUGCAAGCGGGGAGCGCGGGACGCCAUGGCCGAGCGGCUGUCGGAGGAGCAGAUCGCUGAAUUCAAGGAGGCAUUUUCCCUUUUCGAUCGCGACGGCGAUGGCUGCAUCACCACAAAGGAGCUGGGCACCGUCAUGCGCUCACUGGGGCAGAACCCCACCGAGGCGGAGCUGCAGGACAUGGUGGGAGAGGUGGACGUGGACGGCAGCGGCACCAUUGAUUUCCCCGAGUUCCUUUCGCUGAUGGCGAGGAAGAUGAGGGACUCGGACAGCGAGGAGGAGAUCCGUGAAGCUUUCCGUGUCUUCGACAAGGAUGGCAACGGUUACAUCAGCGCGGCGGAGCUGCGGCACGUCAUGACCAACCUGGGAGAGAAGCUGACGGACGAGGAGGUGGACGAGAUGAUCAAGGAGGCAGAUUGCAACAAUGACGGGCAGGUCAACUACGAGGAGUUUGUGAGGAUGAUGACGGAGAAGUGAGCUUCGUUCCCAGCCCACAGGUAACUCGUGCCCGACCCCACGUGCUCUGAAAGCCAUGGAUCAAAUGCAAUGGCACCUCAAAUGUCUCGUUCCCCACCCCUGACCACGUCCUGCAUUGCUGCUGAUGGUGGUGGUUGGAAAAAGCAAUGGUUAAGGUGCUUUUUAAAAAUUUUUACUUCAUUUUUUUUUUUCAUAGGGAAAACAGAGACCAUGGCUGUCCCCAGCCCCUUCAUCCCCUACUGCCUUCUGUCUGCCAUCCUGGGCUGCAAAAUGAUCUUUUAUCCCAACUGGAGCAUCACCAACCUACAUCUAUGUUGGAUGCAGGACAGGGCUUGGGUCAUGACAGCUUGGGAUGAUGAUAGACAUUUGGGGGGGGGACCCUCCUGCUUUCACCCUCAAGAUGUACCUCUUGUGUUCACAGAGGUGAUAGUGGUCAUUGUGCACCACAAGAAACGUGCUGAGUCCAAUAAAAUGUCUCCCCAUGUCUACCAGUGCUUCCUUCUGCUUCACUUUGAGACCACUACUAAGAAACACCCUCAAAAAAGACACUGCCCUGAUGGGGUAACAGGGAUGGGGUUGGGAACAUAAUCGCUCCCAUCCCUCUUCUCUCCGUUUUUUCACCCCAAAAGAUGGAAAAAUGCUCCCCAGGGCUGCUCAGCACUCAGUUCCUGGGUUGUGGCCAUCUGCAUCCCAAAAUCCCAUCCCUUUUGGAAUCUGUUGGCUGAACCCAUGUUCUGGCUUCUCCCAAAGGAAAGGCAUUGAGGGCUCUUUUAUCUCGCUCCCCAUCCCUAGAGGAGGGUUGGUAGACCCCUGUUUCAAACAAGGCAGGACAGAAUUAUCUUAAUCCACCCCAUGAUGCUGCCUUGACUCAGUUUCUCCACAAAGCAGGUGAAACCCCACUGCACCCUGGGGCUGGGAGGAUUUCCUUUCUCUGCCUGAAGGAUUUGGAAAGAGAAUUAAUUGCAAUGGGUCUUAUCAAUGCUCCACCACUACCAAGCAAGCAGAGCAGUGGUGUGAGCACGACGGAACCAUUCCAAGUGGGAAAUAGUAAUUCUGGGGAUGUACAACCAAACAUAAGGAUCUCAACUUUUUUGGCAGCCCCAAAUGUUUUCCCAGCGUUGGGAAAAGCAGACAGGAACCUGCAUGCUGGGAGAGCUGUGUCAGCACUGAGCACACCCACGCUCACUCCACCCCAACCCAACAGCACCAACAUUGAUGCUUUCACCACGUGCUGCCCUCUUGCUCACACACACAAGAAACAGAAAACAUUAAAAGAGGCAAAAGCAACCCCCCAAAAAAAGAAACCAAUCCAACACCAUCGAGAUAAGCCAAGGGGUCACACCAGGCUGUGGUAUCCAAGUGCCUAAAAUUAGACCUUCCCGAAAAUAUGGUUAUUUAUGAAUGCUUCAGAGACAAAAUCGUGCGCUGUAUUUUUAGGGCUGACCUUUUCUCCUUCUAUUCUGGGAUUGUUUAAUUACUGGCGCGUUUUCACACUGAUCAUCCUGAGCUGUUUUUCUUAAUGAUAGCCUUUAACGGGUGGAUGGACCACAGCCAGGAACGUUGGCCCUGCAUUCUCAUCAUCAAUUUUCAUCCUGUGGAAAAUGCCCGUUUUCCCCAUUUCUCCCCUAAUUUGGCUCGUGGGAGCAUGGUGAGGUUUCCAUUACCAUCACGAAGGAUCAUUCAAGGACAGUGGAAUGGGACUUUGGGGGGGUCACUAGGAAUGGCUGUUGGGAGAUCUAGGUGGGACCUGGAGGAUCCUUUGGGAUAGGAUCUGGUAAACCCUUUAACAUGGAACCUGGAUGGGGAUCACUUAGGGUAGGACAUUGGAAUCAGGUGGUGUUGUUCCUUGGUGGGGGAUCAUCUAGGAUGGGAGCUGGGGGAUCCCUUGGGAUAAGACCUGGGGAUGAUCUAAGAGGGAAUUUGAUGAGAUCCUCCGGGAUGUGACAGGAGGAGGCCUGGCUGAUUACUUGGAGUGGUACAGCUGGGAUGGGACCUGGGAUAUCCUCCGGGAUGGGGCUUAUAGGAUUGCUUAAGAUAGGAUCUGGGGGGUUCAUAUGGGGUGGCAAAUGGUGGAUCACUUGCGAUGGAGCUUGAAGGAUCAGCUGGGGUAAGACCCAGGGGUUCAUCUAGGAUGGGCCACCUACAAUGGAGGACCCCAUGGAAUAGGACCCAGAGGAUCCCUUGGAAUAGGACCUGGGGACCUCAUUCCUGCCCUGACAUGAGCUGAGGGUGAUCUCUUCCCAAAAAUCCCAUAGGGACUCCCUGCAAUGGUGAGGGGCUGAAAGCCCAGCACCACUCUUCACUGUGUCCCCAUUUUCCUGCAUCCUGUGUGGCACUGGACAGUUUAUCUCUAAAAUGCUGCUUUGGGGGACUUUUUUUCUCUAAAAUGAUGGGAUUUAGAACUUUUUUUUUUU